CUCAUUGUGCAGGCCUGAGACUCUGCAGCCCUCCGGAGUCCGGCAUGCUAAGCCCGGGAGCAGCGCGGCCGGCCGAGGGCAGGGCCUCGCGCAUCCCGGGCAGCCUCGCCUGGCGCCAGCGGAGCCUCCGGGGCAAGCCGAGCCCCAGCCGCCCGCAGCGCGCCGGGGAGGUGGCGCGGCGCAGCGGCCCCGGAAGGCGGUGGGAAAGUCGAAUCGCCUCCUCUGGCCCCAAGGCCACGCCACGCUACCGUCCCAGAUCAGCCUCCCUUCUCCGUCGGUCUAGCCCUCCCCUCCGUGCUGUGCUCGGACCCCGGAACAGCCAGAGGAACCCCGGCACAGAUGGAGCGGAAAGAGUGUUCAGAGACGGGGGCCAGGAAGGAGCCGCCACGCUUACCUGCAAUUGCUCAGACUCCCAGGUCCCGUGCAGGCGACAUGCCCCGGGGACUCCGGGCUCGUACAGACCAGGUGGCUUACAGUUAAAAAAAAAAAAUCCAAAACAACCAAACAAACAAAAAACCCCAACCUUCCAAAGGGUUUCCGCAACAACUUAUGGAAGACCAAAAACGUGGGGUGCAACGAGGCUGAAUGUACCGGCGCAGGGACUAGGCGAUCCCGGAGGGGACACCGCCAGGCCGACCCUGCGCUGCUCUGUGCCUGGUUGGAGACACUACCGCUGUCAGCGUCUGCUCCCGGCUACUUCAGUGUUUGUUCAAUUGGCAAGAAGAGGAAGACUCAAGCUCUUAAGUCUAAUCUGAGAGAUGAUUGCCCUAGUAGAUGCCAAGGACCAUGACAAACGCCUCAGUAGAAGCAACCGAAAAGCAGCACAAAGCACACAUGCGCAGGAAUGUGCCCUUAGCCUCUGAGUAACCCUUGGCCAACCAGCUGCUGUCAGGCAAGGUCUCUCACUACCCUGGUAUGGCUAGCCUGGCUGGUUAGUGAGUUUCACGGAUCCACCUCCUUCCA